AUGUCCCUGCGAAGAGGAGGCCGCUUCCCGGCGGCGGCCGGCUGGAAGCCCCCCAAGGCCCGAAGGAGGAAGCCGCCGGCCAGGCAGGAGUGGGACGCCACUGUUCACGACCUCACUGUGCACCGUGCUACUCCUGAGGAACUGGUACGACGCCAUGAGAUGCACAAGUCCAAGAACAAGGCCCUGGCACGUUUGGAAUUGGAAGAGAAUGCCUUAAAAAGCAAAUGGAAGAAGCAGAGACCACGAGUUCCCGAGUCUUUGGAAAAAAGAAAGCUGGCCCUAAUGAGAGAGAUCCUCUCUGAUCAGUACCAUCUGCAGGAUGUCCUUGAGAGAUCUGACCAGGCCAUGGCUGUGGUGAAGGACUUGUUUGGAGAUGCUCCUCGCAGGCAUUUAGGCUUCCCAAAUGUGACGGUGGCUCCUGACUGUGACACGGAAUCCGCUGAAGGACCCAUCAUGCAAAAAUUGGAUCCCCCCACGCAGCUCUCCAUUCUCAGCGAGUCUGUCAUGGAUCCCCAGGCUCUCAACGAAGUAGAGGAAGGCUCUUCAAGCUUGCCGCUCGGGGGUGAGGACAUCCAAGACACGUCCUUCAACUCUGGAUCCAGCAUUGAUGCAAACAGGGUGCUUCACCUUCCGCAGGAGAAGAGCUCUGUGACGGAUUGCCAAGAAACAGCCGUUAAACAACAAACAAGCACUACCUCAUCGCAGGAACCAAACUUGUUAGCGACUCCAACAAGAGACUUUUCAUCACUGGACUCCCUUAACGCUACCAAUGUCGUGAGGAGAGUCCAUUCAAGACUUGUGAACGAAGACCAAGUUGCCGACAUCACAUACAUUGUGCAGCAAGUGCUGAAUGCCAACCUGAAGAAGCAGAAGCAGCUUUCAGCAAAAGUAAAGAAAGCGCAAACCACACUGACACCAGCCCGACAGAAGAAGAAUCGCUCAAACGCAGCCCCGGUUUCGAGUGGCCGCAUGUCCAGCCUCGAUGUCUUGAACCAGAUGAUGCGCAAUGUGGAGCAGGAAAUGGACGACUACGCCCAGUGGACUGGGCAUGAGCUCCAGCAAGCCCCCAACGGGCACGGACUCUCUGGAUUUACUUACUCGCUGGUGAACGCCCUGUGCCGAGUCAUGCGCUUUUUGAAAGAGAACGAGGGGAGGCUGCGUCAAGAAGCGCUGGACAGGCAACAGCUCGAAGGGGAAGUGAGCGAACAGAGAGCACUCAUCGAUGCUCUGACGGCAGAAAUCCUCCUCGUGAGAGAAGAGAACCUCGCUUUACAGAGCAAGCUUCUGCAGUACAUGUUCGUAACAGACGAGCAGCUGACUUCACUCACCCGUGCGCUUAAAGGGCUCCCCGCUGCAGAAUCGAACAGAACGAGAAGCCCUGGAGAGACUGGAGGGCUCUCGAUCCGGAGCCCAGAGGCCGUUCAGGGAAAACCUCUUGUAAAUUAUUUUGGACCCAAGACAGAUACCUUCAGAGGGGAAAAGAUGCCCGAGCUCUCGCAAAGAGACCUUCCCAGUAAAGGCCCAACGUUGCUGAAUCCUCCAGACGGCGCAGGGGUCGGUCAGGUUUUAUCGGCUCCUCUAAUCCGGCCAGCCAUCUUGUUAUCUCUGCCACAGCAGAAGAGCAGCCAGGCAUUGCUGCCUCUUCAGGAUGAAUCCUCUGGGAGAGAGUCAGACCAAGAAGAAAGGUCUUCUGUCUCGGGCCAACCACUGAUGAUGCAGGGGGAUGGUGUCCUGUUCACCCAGAGGGGCAGAGCUCCCAUCACCACUGGAGCCCUGCAGAGCUUUCUAUGGGCUGACUGCUCAGGCCAACCACCGACGAUGCAAGAGGACGAUGCCCUCUUCCCCCAGAGGGGCAGAGUUCCUGUCGCCACCGGAGUCCCGCAGAGCUCUCUACGGGCCGACUGCUCAGGCCAACCACCAACGAUGCAGGAGGACGCUGCCCUUUUCCCCCAGAAGGGCAGAGUUCCCGUCGCCGCCAGAGCCCCGCAGAUCUCUCUACAGGCCGACAGCCAGCCUGUUAAGAGCGCCUUCUCAGCAGCGGCAAGUCCAGGCCCGGGUGGGUUUGCGGAGAGGCUAAAUCCAGGCCCGCCCACGACAUGUCCACAGGAUGAUCACCUGCAGAGGCAGAUCGCCGAGCUCACAUUCCAGAACUCCGUGAUCCGAGCUCAGCUGAGCAGAUUCCAGCAGCCUCAACCAGAGGCAGGAGAUAGUCUGGAGCAGCCAGGCCCGAUGUGGAAUGCCCCAGGCAAAGAAGGGCAGGAAGCCAGCCAAGCUGCGAGCAGCUCGAAAGCACCCCCAAAGAGCCUGGACCAGCGAAUAGCAGAGCUGAACCGCCAAAGCGCCGAAGCGCGCAGCAAACUGCUGCAGCUGAUCAGCCAGCAGAAACUGGCCACGCUCGUCUCCGUCUCACCACCCAUUUCACCGAUCCCGUCGCCUUCCACAAACCUGAGCGAAACUGGAAAGAGGAAAAUUGAGGUGACCAUUCCAGUGGCAGAAACUCUGGACAGUUCUAAAGAAGAUACUCCUUCCCCUGCCAGUGGGACCAGUGCAAGAAGGUAA